GGUGGGGGGGGGGGGUGUAUUCACAUUCCGGCAUUUCCUUCGGCUCCUCGUCUUUUUCCUCCGUCAGCUUACUAAAAUGGGUCGCCAUUCAUCAGACACUGAAGAAGAAACUAAAAGCAAAAGAAAAAAGAAACAUCGUAGAAGGUCAUCUUCAAGCAGUUCCUCAGAUAGUAGAAGUUACAGCCAUAAAAAGUCAGGAAGAAAAACAAGAUCACGGUCUCGAGAUGUCCAGUUUCGUUCACAUUCGUAUGAAAAAAGGCGACGACAUCGAUCAAGCAGCAGUUCUUCGUACGGGUCCAAAAGAAAACGGAGUCAUAGCCGAUCAAGAGCACAAGGAAAGUCAUAUCGGUCUCAGAGAUCAAGAUCAAAAAGCAGAUCAAGAAGAUCACAUUCCAGACCCCAACAACGAUCAUACAGUCGCAGCAGUGAAAGAACUAGUCGCAGGAGAACCCGUAGUGGGUCUCGUGAGAAAGAAAGACGUAAAGGCAGAGAUAAAGAAAAAGCAAGGGAGAAGGAAAGAUCCAGAGGAAAAGACAAAGAGCAGCAUUACAACAAAAGUGGAGAUGCUGGAAACAUCAAAACUGGAUUAGAACAUCUGUCUGCUGCUGAGCAAGCGAAAGCUAGAUUACAAUUGGUCCUUGAAGCUGCUGCUAAAGCUGAUGAAGCAUUAAAAGCAAAAGAGAGAAGUGAACAAGAAGCAAAGAAGAAAAAAGAAGAUCAAGCCAGUCUUGUUGAGCAAGUAAAACGAGUCAAAGAAAUUGAAGCAAUUGAAAGUGACUCUUUUAUUCAACAGACAUUCAGAUCGAGCAAAGAAGUCAAAAAGGUCACAGAAUCUGCUGAUAUCAAAAGUGAACUGGGAAUUACAGAAGUGAUAAACGUUGGUGUCGCAGUCACUGAAAAAGAAGUAAAGUCUGGAAUUAUUCCUACUACUAUCAAAUACCAAGAUGAAAACUCACUUGCCCAUCCCAAU